GGGGUGGCCCCAAGCUUUCCUUUUCCGGUGGCGGCGCGGCGCGGUGAGGAGCUCGUGUUCAUACUUGUAGCUAUGCCGUCCAAGGGUCCGCUGCAGUCCGUUCAAGUCUUCGGACGCAAGAAAACAGCCACAGCUGUGGCCCACUGCAAACGAGGAAAUGGGCUCAUCAAGGUGAAUGGACGUCCCCUGGAGAUGAUCGAGCCGCGCACGCUGCAGUACAAGUUACUGGAGCCUGUUCUGCUUCUGGGCAAGGAGAGAUUUGCUGGUGUGGAUAUCCGGGUCCGUGUGAAGGGUGGUGGUCAUGUGGCCCAAAUUUAUGCUAUCCGGCAGUCUAUCUCAAAAGCUCUGGUGGCUUAUUACCAAAAAUAUGUGGAUGAAGCCUCUAAGAAGGAGAUCAAAGAUAUCCUCAUCCAGUACGAUCGGACCCUGCUUGUAGCUGACCCCCGUCGCUGCGAAUCCAAGAAGUUUGGCGGUCCCGGUGCCCGUGCCCGGUACCAGAAAUCCUACCGAUAAGCCAGUCUCAAGGAUCAGGGUUUACCUUUGUAAUAAACAUCCUGGGACUUUAUAUUUCUGUAUUGUUGUCUCUCUUUGUAGUGUUUGGUUAGACAAUGCAAGAGAUACCUUUAAUAAGUGGCUGUGGGGACUGGAGUGAUGGCUGCCUUCCCACAGCAUUUGAGCUCUGACCUGGUUUCUCUCCCCCCAGCUAUCCUGGAACUCACUGUAUAGACCAGGCUGGCCUUAAACCCAAGAGCUGUGCCUGCUUCUGCUUCACCAGUGCUAGGAUUAAAGAGGUGUGGACUACCACAUUCAGCGACUUAA